CCCCAUGGAACCUGCAGCGAGUGAUCAAGUUCCCCUAGACCUUCAUCAGGUGAAGAAAGCUGUACAGGCUUUGCUGGCUUAUUUGAAGAGCACCUCAGGCCAGACGCGUCUUCUCGACGAAACACAACAAAUCUGUCUUCUUCUUACAUUUUGGAAGAUCCCCAAACAAGAGCAGACCAUACGCAUUCCUCUGCCUCACGCGCUCCACGACGAGUCUACCGAGGUUUGCCUCUUCACACGGGAUGAACCCAACAUGACUUCUGAUCAGACAGAAAGGUUCUACAAGACAUUACUCACACAGAGCGGGGUCAAGUGUAUGCCUCAGGUGAUUCCUUUCAAAGUACUGAAGACUGAAUACAAGCCAUUCGAAGCCAAGAGGAAACUGCUCGGCAACUUCAACAUCUUCCUGGCAGACGCACGCAUUCGCCGCCGUUUACCUUCGCACAUUGGGAAACAUUUUUACGAGCGGAAGAAGGCUCCAUUGUCUGUGAAUCUGAUGAGCAAACACUUGGCCAGAGAUUUGGAUAGGCUCGUUCAGGGCACAACCCUCACCAUCAACAAAAAAGGCUCCUGUUGCCUGGUGCGUGUAGCACACUCGGGGAUGACUACAGAUGAGAUUGUUGAGAACAUAGCCACAGCUGUUAGCACCAUUUCAACAAAGUUACAUUUGAAAGGAAGAAGCAUCAAAAUCAUCCACAUAAAAAGUCACACCUCAGUGGCUCUUCCCAUCUACACCUCUGACCUGAGUCACCUGAAGGUGCUGGAGGAGCAGCUGAAGGAAGCCAGAUUAGCAAAGGAGACGAAGAAGAGCAAAGAGAAAGCUGGUUUAAAGGUGAAUCAGGAUGGUGUUAAAGAAGCAGUAGCUGAGAAGGAUGUCGAGUGUAGUAGUGGUGACGAAGAUGAUGAGGAAGAGGAGGAGAUCCCACAGCUGGUGCCUAUGGAGUCCCCUAGAAAAAAGCGUAAGCUGAAGGCCGCAUCCAGAAAGGUGGCAAAGAAAGUGCCCAAGCCAGUUUCAGCCAAAAGAGGGCAGAAACCCAGACAAGGACAGAGGAAACUGGGCAAAAAAGCACCAAAAUCCCAACAAAAGAAACAGGAAAAAAGUGUCUGAUUGAAAAGUGUGUACAUAAAACUGUUUUUCUUGCAAAUUAUCCAUAUUUGUCAGUGCAAGGACAAGACUUUUAUAAAAUUAUCUCUGGUGUUUGUUCAAAACUGCCAUAGUUACAUAUGGCUAAUUUGUAGAUGUACAAGAAAUAAACACUAUUUACUCAUUUA